AUGGAGCUGCUUGGACGACGUGUACGUCCUUUGAUUGAGGACUUCUGCCGAAAGGUAAAGGAUGCCACACCAGGAAGCCUCAUACCCAAUACGUGGAAAUUUGGGCAGCGCUCUUUGAGAGUCAUUCUAGACAAGGAAUCUUGGUCUCGCCUCUUGACUUAUUUCGAUGUACCGACAGGCUUGACGGUUGAACGCGCGCGAAGCAUCCGUACAGCCAACAGUUUAGCUGAAUUGAGAAUAGCCUUUCGUGAAUAUUAUAUGUCCUGUUUGCCACCUUCCCACCGCAUCGCUUUUCACAAAUUUCGGGAAGAUGGCCUCCUGCUCCCCUUUGGACAUCCGCGCCAUGAAUUUCGUGUGCCGAACCCCACACUCUUUCAUAGCCGUGAUAUCUGGCCAGUCAGGGACAAUGCAGACCCUAGAGAGGGCUGGGAAUGGAAACAAGUUCACGAUACGUCAAGCGGGCCUGCAACUGCUGACAUUUACGGGAAACUAUUCUACCAUGUUCGCGGUGUCCUUCAGUCUUUUCUCUGCCGUGUUUCGGAUUUGGAACUUUCGCUCACACUCCAUCAUCUCGAUGCCCUGGAACUCCCGAAUUACCUUCCCGUCAAUCAUUUCGAUCGGGUCGAUGUAUCCAACGUUUCGGACCAAGGGUAUCUGGGGAUCCACAGAACGCUAAACGCGACGGUGCCCUUGCUCCAAACCCCUGUAGAUAAUCCGCAUGCUACCCUUAUCACAUUCUUUCUCAAUGCUGUUAAUGAGACCUUGACCGCCCAGGAUAAAGCGAAAGAGACGUUCGAGCUUCAUACCAAUAAGCACCUCUCCGGAUACCUGCCCUCCGAGGAGCAGUCAAUUAUCACUCAAUUCAAGCACAGGAUGCGUGAGGCUGCCAAAUCGAUGGGGACAGUGAUGAAGCAAAGCCAUACCAUCGUCGAAAAGUGGCCAUUUAGAAUGAAGCUCCAGCCCGGCCAACCGGUAACACAAGCAGAGUUUGACCAAUGCCUGGCUAUAGGCGUAACGGGGAAGGAGCGUUACAUAGAAUGGAAAAGGAUACAACAUGUCGCAAAUUAG